AUGGAGGGAGUGUGGAGGCGACAGGGCAAAGUGGAUGAGGAGAUAUUGAUUUAUACCAUAGUACCAGAGGAACGGGCUCCUUAUAUAUCGAAAUUAUUAGGAUUUUACUGUUUGCUUCAAUCUCAUCUCAUCGUGUUAAUGGAAAGUCUAACAGUUCUGGUUGUUGAGAUUUGGUCAGAAGAUAUAUUUGCUCCUCAUUACGCUGCUGUUAUACAAUUUGGUGUUCUUCCUCGUGUGGUGACGUUUCUUUCCAGGGAUGACUUUCCCGAACUUCAGUUUAUGGCAGCUUGGGUGCUCACCAAUAUUGCUUCAGGGACAUCAGAGGAAACAAAAGCCAUAGUGAAAAGUGGUGUUGUCCCGAUAUUUAUCAAACUUCUCAGCUCUGCUAGUGAGGAUGUCCGCCAAGUGGCGACUUGGGCAUUGGGAAAUGUUGCUGGAGACUCACCAAAAUACCGCAUGAUCCCUCUUCGGUCUCAAUACAAUGAGCAUACAAAGCUUCUAGUGCUAAGACACACUCAGAAGCCACAACUUUCAUUUGAACAGGCAAAAGCAGCUCUACCGAUUCUUGAGUGCCUUGUGCAAUCAACGGAUGAAGAGAUUCUUGAGCGCCUUGUGCAAUCAACGGAUGAAGAGGUUCUCACAUAUGCAUGUUCGGCUCUGUCAUACCUCACUUUUAAUUCAAACAACAAAAUACAGGCAGUUAUCGAUGCAGGCGUCAUCCCUCACCUCAUCAAGCUCUUAUCUCAUUCGUCGCCAUCAGUGCUGACUUUCACUCUUCGUACCAUUGGAAAUAUUGUAACCGGCGGUUCUCGACCAUCAAGUGCUUCCUCGUCUCUUGAACCUUAUAACAAACAAUUACGAGAGAAAAAUCAAGAAGGAAGCUUGCUGGAUUAUCUCAAACAUCACAGCUGGGAAUUCAAACUAGAUACAAUGAUUGAAGCAGAUAUAAUUCAGUCUCUUGUUUGGGUACUUCAAACCUUAGAAUUCGAAGAAGUAAAAAAAGAAGCUGCUUGGGGAAUCUCAAAUGCUAUUUGUGGUGGCACUUAUGAUCAAAUCAGGUUUAUGGUGAGCCAAGGCUGUAUCAAACCAAUAUGCUAUCUUCUUGCAUGCCCUGAUCCAAUUAUCAUAACGGCUUGCUUAGAAACGUUAGAGAACAUUCUCGUGGUUGGAGAAGGAGAGAAGAACUUGGGUCAUACAGGAGAUGGUAACCUCUACGCUUCAAUGAUAGAUGAAGCAGAAGGACUUGAAAAGAUUGUGAAUCUUCAAAGUCAUGACAACAACGAAAUAUACCAAAAAGCCGCGAAAAUCCACGAAACGUUUUGGACUGAAGAGUGA